AUGGAAGUCUCAAAUCACACCAGAAAACGGAAAGCAAUCGACGCAGGAAACAACUCGCCGCCGUCAUUACCUCCGGCGUAUCGAAGCUCAGACGGCUACGAGCCUAACUCCGUAGAUCUUUCUCUCCUUGAAGCACUUGAGAAAUCUUCGCAAAAUCCAGUAGAGGCGGUUGAUGUUAAAACCCUAAAAAAGCUUGUCCUCUCCUUCGAGCGUCGUCUUAGAGACAAUAUAAUUAAGAAUCCUAUUAGGGAUUCUCCAAUUGAGGAUACUCUUAGAUUUGCAGUUAGAUUUGCUCCAAACAUAUUAAGAAAAUGA